AUGUCGUGUUUUCCAUUGAUAUUGCAGAUGUACCUUCUAUUCGCUGUCUGGGUCAUAUACAACUACCAAAUGGUGUCUGCCAGAAGCCAAUUGUUCACAGAUCUCGACCCAAUUGCACCACCCAGGAACACACCCCCAACCCUCAUCGAUCUUCACGAGCCAAGUUCAAAUCACUACAAAAACAAUUACAAUUUAUUCGGACCACCAGGUUUGUUUCAUAAUAAUCUAUUUGAUACGUAUAUGAAAGAUUUCAAUCAUAAACUAAUGAACUCUCCUAAUUUUGGAUCCAUAGACUUGUUUAAUCCGAAAGAAUUAGUGAAGCAAUUAAAUGAUCAAAAAGAAUCAUCAGAACAGAAACAAGACUUUAAGGAAAGACAAAUUGAUAACACACAUAAAGAUAAAGAUGAUGGUGUUGUAAUAAAAUUUGAAGAUCAAGCUCAACCUGGGUUACGAAGUGAUCCGUUAAAAAUUAAUUUGUUACCGAAAUCAACUACGACUACGGAGCUAUCUGUUCUUAAAACGAAUAAAAUAAACGAAUUUCCUAUAUCAGAGAAACCUGAAAUUUCUAACACCCUAGACGUCUCUAAUAGUUUGCAAAAUAAAAAUGCAAAUGAUAAUGUAGUAACAGACUCUAUAAUAUUUCCUGAUGAAAUUGAUGAAAUACGAUCGGGAAUCAAUAAAAUAUCUAAAAACGAUACCAGUAUGAACCAAACAUUACCAAUCAACGAGACAAUCAGCCACAAUGCUAAUUAUACCAAGAAUAGAGAGUCAGUAAUUCUUCCUGUUCAAGUAAUGACAUCGACGUCACCACUGAAUGGUAUUUUCCAGAACUCCAAUGGAAAUGUGCUUUUAGUUCCCACGGGAAAAAUAAAUAGUAAUCAAAUAUUAUCCAACGUUAAUGCAAAUAAUCAAAACGGGUUGCAGAUUCUAACCCCAGUAAAUUCACAACAAGGAGCUCUGUACACGAAUGCACUAGUUAAUUUACCACCGAAUACGCAACAAGCAACUAUAAUACCGCUGAAUAAUAAUGUUAAUGUUGGAAAUCAAGGUUAUAUGAUGUUGACAAAUAUUCCUAGUAAUCAAAACAUUCCAAGUUAUUUAUUACAACAACAAGGAGGACAGCCAAAUAUAAUAGACGGUAGCGGUCAUUCAAUAAAUGGUCAAGUUGGUACUAAUCAAUAUUCAACCCAAAGGCCUAUAGGACAGUUAACAAAUAUGUUAGUUAUCCCGAAUAAUGAGCUAAAUAAAAAUAUACAGGCUCCUGUACCAAAUGUACAACAGAAACCUUACUAUACACCGAAUAAUGCUGUACCAGAAAACAAUAAUCUUCACCAAAAUACAUCAACUGCAAGAAAUCAACAAAUUAUACCAAAUAAUGAAAAUGUUCCACAUAAUGCACCACAGGAUAAACUACUAACGAGCGUUAAUGAGCACGGGCAGAAUAACGGCAUUGCUAAAUCUUCAAAUCCUCAAAAUAUCGAAGUGCAGCAAAGAGACCAGAUAUCUACGCUUCCACCGAAACCAAUCGAUAAUAAUACAUUUAAUUCUAAACCUCCUGUAUUCCAAAAUCUUGGACAAUCAGUCACUCCACAUAGUCUUCCAAAUAACAAUCCCUUAAUCGCUAAUUUCAUUGACAAUAACACCCCUAAAACUUAUGCCAGUCCUCAAACUGCCGGACAAGUCAAUUCUGGAAGCAAUGUACCAAAUAAUUUGGGCAUUGUUAAUCAGGGUAAUACACAACCACUGCUUGUAUAUCUACAGCCAGGAAAUCAAUAUAAUGUCGGGAAUGAUCCUAACGCACAACAAUACCUUCUCAUAAACAUGGCUAACAGUAAUAUCAAUUCUCAAAAUCUUCCACAGGGCAGUGUAAUUUUGACUUCUCCAAAUGGCAACACAGUAAAUGCACAAGGUAAUAUUAUACCAGUAAGUCCUGUUCUGUUAAACAAUAAUGUAGCUGAUGGACAGAAUAAUUUAUAUACACGCGUAUAUAUACCUAAUACUCUUACAAAUACCCCAAAUUUCUAUUUAAAUAAUAUGCCCACUCUGAAUAGCGGUUAUCAACAACCUUAUAACGUACUGAAUUUAAAUGGAGGAUCUGAUUUAGGAGUAAGUUUGAAUAAGAGAAGAAAAUAAGCAAUUUACCAUUAAAUAACUUAGAUAUAAUUGAUGUAGAACGACAAAAAGUUUUGUAAAUACCUCAAA